AGGCUGGGCGGAGCCGUGCGUCAACAGGCUGGUGCCCGUGAUCUGGUUCGUCAUGGCGGCCAGAAAGCCUCGCUCGGUGGCCAACCCUUUGGAGUCUGCUAUCACUUCACCGAGUGAGAGGAUACUCAAAGAAUGCCACAAUUUGUAUGUCGACAGCGAAAACGGCCUGGUCAAAAUUGCCAGCAGCCUUGGAGUGUGUCUCCUGCCCCCUAGAAAAAAGAUUAUUGUGAUGAUCAUGGGGAACCACUCUGCAGGAAAGAGCUCCUUCAUUAACUGGUACGUAGAAGAGCAUAUCCAAAAAACCGGGGUUGCCAUCGAAACACAGGGCUUCACAUUCAUCACAAGUGGGCGCAAAAGAGAAUCAUUGACGGGGAAUGCAACAUUACAUCUCUACCCCCAUUUUCGACCGCUCCUUGAGUUCAAAGGUGUUUUGGACUACCUUUCUGCAGAGAUCUCCACAUCCAAGCAGAAAAAGUUCAGCCUUGUGACUUUUGUGGACACGCCUGGCUUGGUGGACGGGGACAUGAUUUACCCUUUUAAUGUCAACAGCGCUAUCACAUGGCUGGGAGAACAGUCCGAUCUGGUAUUUGUGUUCUUCGACCCAAUGGGUCAGGCCCUGUGCAAGCGCACAUUGAACAUUGUGGAGAAACUGAGUGAGAAAUGUGGAGACAAACUGCUGUUCUACCUCAGCAAGGCCGAUGAGGCCGGAAGGGAAACAGAUCGACAGAGAGUAAUGAUGCAGAUUGUCCAGGAACUGUGCCGCCGCCCAGGUCUCAACAAAUGUGGCUUUGAAAUGCCAACUAUAUAUAUUCCUAACCCACAGAAGCCAAGCCGUUGUGUGAACCAGAUUGACAGAGUGUGUCAGACCAUCGAAAAGACCAUCAACCAAGCUGUGCAGAGGACUUUGGACCAAUUGGAGAAAGACUGUGAUUGUAUUUGCUCCACCAUUAGCGACAGACUACAACAGGACAGGACUGAUGCCACUUACAAUAAAAGUGUCCGCCUGAACUCGUUUGUGUGCGGUGCUUUGGGAGUCUUCCUUCCUCUUGUCUUCCUCCUUAGUUUCAUUGUGAGCACCUUCUCCAAAGAGCAGCUAAGUGAGCUGUUGGGAGAAGGGCUGGCACAAACCCUUUUCAUCUGCACUGGAAUAGUGAUGUACGUAUGGGACUGGAUACCAGAAGAUGGACAAGUUGUGUUUUUAAUGUUUUUUGGAGCCCUCUGCUACUUCUUUUUUUUCCUCGCCAAACAUUUUUCUGGUCAGAGGUACAAGACUUUAACAAAGAAGGAGAAGAGAAAAAUGACAGAGUACAAUGAUUAUAUCCGGGAUAUCGUCAGAACCAAGAAGGGCAAAUUGUAUGAAUGGUACCUUCAACAGUGUGCUGCGGAAUAUGACCUUUGACCCUGGGUAAGAUGAAUGUUCUUCACGUGUGUGUGUAUAUCUGCAUGGUGCUCAAAAGCCACUUGUUUGGACAAAAUACGUUGUGUAGUCUGUGACGAAACACUGGCAAGUUUGUAAAGAUACUGAUAAUCAUUCACCAAAUAAUGCAGCCAAGAGUGUUUGGGAUAUUAGCAAGUGCCUUUGCUGUUUAGUAUAGUCAAGAGACUGUGAUGGUGGUCAUUUACUGAAAGGAAAACAAAUGUGAAUAUCUUUUGACAGUGUAGAGUUCAUCAAUGUAGCUAGUUUACAAAUGCACUUCAUUUCAUCAAAGAUUUGACCUGCUUACAGGGUGCAAAAAAAAUCUGACAAAUUGUUUAACCGGGAGGUCUGUAUUUAUAAAAACACUUGAAAAAAAUCACAUUAUAUUACAUGUUAAUAUUUUCUACAAAUAAUGAUGCUUUGUUAAAAUACUUGUAAUAUAUAUUAUAUGUAAUAUAUAUUUUACAGUACAUUUUACAAUGUAAUGUGUUUUUAAAGAGUAAUCGCUCAUAUACUGGAGAUCAUUACAUUAUGAGUGUUUUUAAAGAAAUAUUUUUAAAACUAAAUAAUCGCUAUGCAGUCAUGAGUGCAUCAAUAAAGUGUAAAUUAACAGUUUACAAGUUUCAUCUUGUCUUAAGAUGUGUCUUGUUUUGUGACGCAAAUAACAGACCACUGUUUGUCAAGCUAUUAAAAACAAAAUUGUACUCCAAAAAGACACUCCAGGCCUAAAACUGACUUUUCAGUGCCAGCAAUAUUCCUGGUCUAUUGUAUCAUGACAUAAAAGGCAAAUGUGCAGGUAUAUUUUUAUUUCAACUUUUUAAAUUAUGUAAUAUCCUAUCCAUUUGUGUUGGGUGUGUGAUCUUAGUGAGUUUAAAUUGUAUACAGUAUAUUUAAAUGUGUCUUUGUGGUGUGAAAUUAGGAGGAAGAAAUCCCAUUCAUAUAGAAAUAGCUUUCUGCCUCAAAGAAUGUAAUGUCUCAAACGCACACAUGAACUUUCCCGCUUCUAUUAAAGUCAUUAAAUAUUUUCUCCUGA